AUGAAUGAAUGUUACAACAGUAGUGAGAAAAAAUUCUACAUCUUAGCAUUUUUCUCAUCUAAUUUUAAAUACUUUACUUUCCUUGGGAUUCUACUGAUGUACCUGGUGACUGUUCUUGGAAACUUAAUUAUUGUUAUACUUGUCAUCUGUGUCGAUCAGCUGCACAACCCAAUGUACUUCUUCUUAUGUAAUCUUUCCAUUAUAGACAUUGUUUAUAUUUCUACCACGCUUCCCAAACUUCUCUCCAUCACAUUAACACAAGACCACAGCAUCUCUUUUCAUGGCUGUGUUACUCAACAAUAUUUCUUUUUGCUCUGUGUUGAUGCUGAGGUUUUUAUACUGACAUCCAUGGCCUACGACCGCUAUAUAGCAAUUUGUUUUCCCUUGCAAUACUCUAUGAUCAUGAAAAAAAUAGUAUGUAUUACAAUGGCCACAUGUGCCUGGCUUAUUGGGAUGUUGAAUUCACUUUUGUAUGCAGUGCUCACAUCCAUGUUAUCAUUCUGUUAUUCUCAUGAAAUCAACCAUUUCUUCUGUGAGCUGAAAACAAUGAUGAGGCUCUCUUCUAGUGAUAUAUCAAGCAGGGAAACACUACUUUUUUGUGAGUAUCCAUUUAUGGUAUUUCUUCCAUUCAUAGUCACUGUUAUUUCUUAUGUGUAUAUCAUUGCCACCAUAUUGAACAUCCGAUCUAGAGAUGGAAAACUCAAGGCUUUCUCGGGAUGCACCUCCCAUCUCACCACUGUUGCACUAUUUUAUGGUGCUGGUAUCUCCCUGUACCUGAUGCCAGAGUCUAACAAUUCUCAAGAACAUAACAAGACAAUCUCAUUGCUUUAUGUGGCCAUUGUCCCUAUGUUAAACCCAUUGGUGUAUAGCCUGAGAAACAAAGAGGUCUUGGGAUCUAUCAGAAAAAUAUUCAACAUCAAGGGAUAA